AGCCAUGCAUUAAAAAAAACCCACAAAAUUAGCUCGCUAUCAUAUCAUAGUAUCAGUUACUCAGCCAACCUUUAAUAGCUCUUUCCCAUCAAAUCAUUAAAUAUCGAGUGAAUAUUUCCAGAGGAAAAUGAGAGAAGGGACACGGGUGGAUCUGAACCGGUGCACGGCCGCUCGGCUCAGCGCCGUUUCGGGGAUUGCUCCGGACACAGCCGGGAGAAUCAUUACAUACCGCCGACGGAGAAAGCGACUGGGCAGUGUAAGGGAUGUCUUGGACGUGAGAGGGGUGACGGAGCAGGAUUUGGAGAUGCUCAGACUAACUACUCAAGUCCGUCGGUUACUCACAUCACCACAGGCAACCAAGGCAGCAAAACCCAGACAAUCCGUCCGAUCUGUCACCUCACCCAAACAGUCACAGGGAGGGACGACCGGACGAAAACAAAAACCCAUGACAUCUAAGAAAGGUACACAAACACUCGAGACCGGUGAUUCCCGGAGAAAGAGGGUUGAGGCUGCAUCUGUGAAGAGGAGCAAGACGAAGACUCUACCUGUAAAAAGAACAGCGGCCAGCCAGCGCUCGAAGAGACAGAAGAUUGUGAAGAGUAGCCGACGGAAGUCAGACGGACGACGGACACAGAAAUCUGAAAAGAGUCAUCAGGUUUCGGUAGGCCUGAUGACCUCUUCUAAGAAGAGGAAUUCGCCAACAACGGGCCUGUUGAUUUGCCGGGAGGCCGAUCGACUCAAGGCAUCCGAGGGCUUGGAUUACGUCGACAUCUAUGGAUCACCGAGACCCUUGCUGACAGUAUCAGGACCGAGGGAGGGAGUGCAGCUGGCCAGGGCACAGAUCAACAAUUGCGCCGUCACCGUACACCUGACAGAGAGGGCCCCUCUCAUGUCGCCCAUGGUGACGGUCAACAUUCCCUCCUCCCUUCUGGAUGGAUCCCCGGGGUUGAUGUUUUUCAGUGAAGACAAGGGUGCAUCGUUGCCGUCAACAGAUGCAAAGGAUGCAAGCAUGCCGAGGCAAGGGGGUGGAUCCGUGCAGUCCGGCCCUACUGUGACAGUCGAAAAUAAAGACCAGAAUAAUUCCAACAACCUGGCACAAGAAAAAGGGGCAGAUGAAGUCCAGAAAGCGAGCCCCCUGAAGAUACUGGCGGAGGAUCAACAGGAGGGAUAUAUGGCAGGAUCUGAAACUGACCACACGACUCCAAGCGUUACCCAAAACCAAGCACCCCCUGAAGGCCAAACUCCAAUUUCCCUUACCGUCGGCAAUGACAGUAACUUAGCGGCGUCGAAAUCUACAGGGAGAAGACGGAAAACAAGAAGCCAGAAGAAGACGGCAGAGAAGGUACAGCUGUGGCUUGAGAACUCCAGCUGCUCCUCCAGUUACUUCAACCCCGAGAAAGCCGGCGUUGUUGGGAACUUGUUCGACGGAGAGAAGAGGCAGCAAGAUGAAGACUUCCUGAUGUCGGGGAUUGCCCCGCUACUCCUGACGACACCCGUUGAUGAUCAGUCAGAGAAGGCAGCACGACAAUCACUCAUCGGUGAACCACGACCAGGGUGUAAACGUGACUUAGAACAGGAGCUGGAAACCGCAGAAACGCCCCUGACGCCAGCCGCCGAUGGUGCCGCGGGUAAGACUGACAGAUCGGUGCAAACGCCAUCGUGCUCGUGCCGGUCGUGUCGGCGGAAGAGACGCGCCAGGAGACGGUCGGCCGAGGCAGCGGGCGAGCGGCGUGACCAGCCUGGGUCAGGGGCCAAUUUCACCCCUGUCACGUCGCCUGCAGAGGAACUCAGCGCCGCUUGGUGUUUGCUCCUAUAAAUAGGCCGAGUUACGGGUGUAAGAGAAUAGCAUGUUGACACGUUUGAAGCAAAACGUUUCAAAAUAGCUUACCGAGUGAUUUUUUUUUCUUCUAAAUGCUGAUUUGGAGACUUGCCAUUUAAAUGGACCAAAACUUUCGUGUAGUUCCUUCAGAGCCGCAGUAGAGCAAUUUAUUUUCAAAUAAGUUACCGGCACGUCUGUGUGGAAUGCGGAAUGUCAAAAGUGCUUAUUUCGUAAAAAUAUAAUCGUGCAUUAUUCCUCAGUUGGGUAUCUACAUCUUUAAUUGGACUGUCAUUUUGACUUGUCCGUUUCAUUUUACUUUUUACUGCUACUAUUUUUUGUUUGCCUUAAUUUUACAGUGUAUGAUAUUUUUAAUGUCACAAUCACAUUAUUGCCCAAUUUUUUUUCUUAUUUUAAAAUUGAUUAAUUUAAAAUGCGCUAUUCUCUUACUCUGAUUACUCAAUGCCUUAUGUUUUGGGUUUUUUUCUCACUAAUGCGUCAUUGUUGCGUAAUAAACAGAACCAAAACCAAAACCACCCGUUUUUGCAGUUCAGACAUUCAAUAAAUCAUUCAUGAUAAAAGUA